ACCAUGUAAAUACCCAGUAUGGCCCUUGGUUUUGUUAUUUGGUUGUGGUGAAAUUUAUUAGUAAUUUUUUACCAAUUUAAAAAAGAUCACCUUGUGAAAUUGGAGAGAACCACGUUUCGGGGCUUGUCCCAAUGCAGUCCAAUUAGGUUAUGACACGUUUGGUUGGGAGGAAUGACUUAGCAGAAGGACUUCUCUCCCUUGACAUUAUAUUUGUAUUACAAACCGACUUCGACUUCGACUUCUCCGGUUUAAUACAGUCUUCACCUAACAGUGAUAGAGCAGCUUACCCAAAAGUACCUCCAUCUCCAUGGAUCUGUCUAACCCAGUUCCCUUGGUAGCUUUGGUUCUAAAUCUAGUCCUGACCCUUUUCACUGUCAAGUUCCUCACAGCAAAACUAAGAGAAAGGCAGAGGAAAAAUAAGGCCAAGUACCAUCCUGUUGGCGGAACGGUUCUUAACCAGCUCCUCAGCUUCAAAAGAUUGCAUCACUAUAUGACUGAUCUUGCAGGGAAGUAUAGGACCUACAGGCUGCUUAGCCCUUUCAGGAAUGAGAUUUAUACGUCGGAACCAGACAACGUUGAGUAUAUUCUCAAAACAAAUUUCCAGAAUUAUGGCAAGGGUGAGUACAAUUACAGCUUGCUAAAGGGUUUACUAGGUGAUGGGAUUUUCACUGUCGAUGGUGAUAAGUGGCGUCAACAGAGGAAAGUAUCAAGCUAUGAAUUCUCAACCAAGGUCUUGAGAGAUUUCAGCAGCGUAGUCUUUAGGGAAAACGCUGCAAAACUUGCAACUAUAGUGUCUGAAGCAGCAAAUUCCAAUGAGAUAAUGGAUAUACAGGACUUGUUUAUGAAAUCGACUUUAGAUUCAAUAUUCAAAGUUGCAUUUGGAGUUGAACUAGACAGCAUGUGUGGAUCGAAUUUAGAAGGCAAAGAGUUUACAGUUGCUUUUGAUGAUUCAAGUGCAGCAAUCCUCUUCCGAUAUGUUGAUAUCUUCUGGAAGAUCAAAAGAUUUCUAAAUAUUGGAUCAGAGGCCAAACUAAAGAAAAGUAUAGAAGUGGUUGAUAAUUUUGUGUAUAAGCUGAUCCACAACAAGAUUGAGCAAAUGCGCAACUCAAAGGAUGAAUCUUCAAUUAUGAAGAUGAAAAAGGAAGACAUUUUAUCCAGAUUUCUGCAAGUGACUGACACUGACCCAACAUACUUGCGAGAUAUAAUCCUUAACUUCAUAAUUGCUGGCAAAGACACAACAGCAGCUACUCUGUCGUGGUUUAUUUACAUGCUCUGCAAGCAUCCUGAUGUUCAAGAAAAGGUUGCACAACAAGUGAAGGAAGCAACUGACAUGAAAGAGGUUAAAGAUUAUGCUGAAUUUGCUGCUAUCUUGAGCGAAGAAGCUUUAGGAAAAAUGCACUAUCUCCACGCAGCCAUAACUGAAACAUUAAGGCUCUACCCCGCUGUUCCAGUGGAUGCAAAGAUAUGCUUCUCUGAUGAUACACUACCAGAUGGGUUCAGUGUGAGGAAAGGGGAUAUGGUUUGUUAUCAACCUUAUGCAAUGGGCAGAAUGAAAUUCAUUUGGGGUGAUGAUGCAGAGGAGUUCAGACCAGAGAGGUGGCUUGAUGAGGAUGGGAUGUUCCAACCAGAAAGCCCUUUUAAGUUUACAGCAUUCCAGGCAGGGCCUCGAAUUUGUUUAGGCAAGGAAUUUGCUUAUAGGCAGAUGAAGAUCUUCUCCGCUGUUCUGGUGCACUGCUUUGUGUUCAAACUGAGUGAUGAAAAUAAAUCUGUCACCUACAGGACGAUGAUCAAUCUUCAUGUAGAUGGGGGCCUUCAUGUCCGCGCAUUUCACAGAUGUCAGACUUAACUUGGUCUUUCUUGCUUAUUUGACCUAAGGGUUUCAUCUGUUGGCUCUGUUCUUUAUACUAGGCAAAUGCACACUAAGAAUAUACUUGUAUCUUUCCUUGCGCAAGAAUAAAUAGGAUGAUGUCACCAAGCAAAAAGGAAGAAAGGAAUCGAUAUGAUGGAUGGUUACUUUCACUAACCAAAGAGUCUUGAACCGUACUUUUGUCUGAAAA